AUGACCACAGUAGUUGCUCCUGCCACGGCGGCACCUCUGACAGCACACCACGUCGAUCGGGAUCAAAGUCCCAAGAAUUACCCCGCCUUGGCUCCAUCAAUGUCAACAGCGCCGUCUGUUUCUACUCCGUCCAGAAUGUCUACAGCCUCUCAGGAUGGCUCUGCUAAGAAGAAUUCCCCGUCUGACCGGAAACGCUCUCCCCAGUCCGUACAAAGCGGAGCAAAUGCCCCAAAGAUCGUGGUGAAGAAGGAACCCCCGUCGUCGCCUAGCCUGCAGACAAAUUCGAGACAUCGUCCGCGCAAACUUGACCUUUCCGCUAGCCUACCAGCCAGCAGCGGAUUGAGUGCUCGUGCACCCGGAGGUCCUAUGACUGCACGAGAACCCAUGGGGAUCCAGGAAGUUGGAAUCGCAUGUCUCUCUCCAGGAUUUCAGACGCACGACCCUGCUAUGAGGGAACAGCUACAGCGCAGUAUCAGUGUGAGAGACCAACAAAGAUCGAUAAUUGAGUCGAGACUGCAGAAGACAGCCAAGGGCGACGGUCCAGACGGGGUGAAACCGUCCGAAUCAAACCUGUUUGGUUCUGGCCCGAAGUCCUCGAAGAAGCGACCGCCUGGCUUGUCUAUCGUGGCACCCCCCGCGUCGCAAUUUGCGCAUGAGCGAGUGAUCCAGUCUGCUCCUCUUAACCAAACCUUCACUGGCCGGCACCAGCCUCAGACUCUUACUCGUCACGUUUCUCAUCAGAUCCCUAGCCUGUCUUCGUCGCAUAUUCACCAUGCUCCUGCAAACCAGACGAACAACCGUCUGCCUCCGAUCUCUGACGUUUUCGGAUCAGAUGCCUUGGGACCCCGUGAUCGCCAUCACCCUUCUGGCACAACACCAUCGCAAUCGAACGGUCUUCCUCGACUACCAUCACCGUCCCAGAUGCCAAAGCGACCGCGCGAAUACCGUUCAGCUGAGGAGGCUGUACACGAACUCGCAGGAGGCCGGGAAGAGCUGUUACCGCGGAUAGUGCACUAUGGUGGUCAUCAACCUCCAACUCCCCCAUCUCCAUUGGUCCAUACUGGAUCCAAGGAUGCACAGCACGCCAGCGCUACCGCUCCGUCGAGUGAGCGCGUAAAUUCCAUUUCAAGCGCUGGUCAUGGUACAUCGCGGCGGCGUCCCAGGAGCGAAUAUGAACAGGACAACGGAAGCCCUCCUCUUGGGAACGGCCCAGAUACGCGCUACAGGAAUGGCCCUGCGACUGGUGGCCCUCCCGUUUCCGCAUACUAUGGUCCAUUCGGGGCCGGAAGGGACUCACCAGAGACACAGCGAAGAAAGAAGGAAGAAUUCUUGAGUCUCUGCUCACGAGCUUGGGAUCUAUUCCAUUCUUAG